GGAGAUUAUGUCUGGAUAGAGCCAGAGAAGCCUGGGGAGUUUGCUGUGUCAAUUGGUGCAAAAGUAUCUGCGUCUGCUACUGGACAGAUUUGUUUGAUUGAUGAUGAUGGACAUGAACACUGGAUGGAUGGAUCCAGAAAACUUCGGCACAUGCACAUCACAUCUGUGGAUGGUGUGGAGGAUAUGAUCGGCUUGGGUGACCUCAACGAGUCGGGUAUCUUGAGGAAUCUGUUCAUUCGUUACAUGCAACAUCAGAUAUAUACUUACACAGGAUCGAUCCUAGUGGCAGUAAAUCCUUAUGAAGUUCUCCCCAUCUACACACCUGAGCAGAUCCAGCUUUACAGGGAUAAGAAAAUUGGAGAGUUACCUCCCCAUAUCUUUGCCAUAGCAGACAACUCUUAUGGUAGCAUGAGGCGAUACCAGCAUGACCAGUGUGUUAUUAUCAGUGGAGAAUCUGGGGCAGGGAAAACAGAAAGUACCAAGCUGAUACUCCAGUUUCUGGCAGCAAUAUCUGGCCAGCAUUCUUGGAUAGAGCAGCAGAUACUGGAGGCAAAUCCGAUCAUGGAAGCUUUUGGAAAUGCCAAAACAAUCAGAAAUGACAACUCAAGCCGCUUUGGCAAGUACAUUGACAUUCACUUCAAUGAGAAUGGAGUGAUAGAGGGGGCAAAAGUAGAGCAGUAUUUGCUGGAGAAAUCUCGUAUUGUGAGCCAGAUGCAUGACGAAAGGAACUACCACAUCUUCUACUGUAUGCUAGCUGGCAUGUCACAGGAAGAAAAGGUCAGACUGGAGCUCAUGGAUGCCAUCUAUUAUGCAUAUUUAAUACAGGGGGGAAGCAUAGGAUGUGAGAGCAGAAAUGACAGAACUGACUUUCUGGUGAUUCGCUCAGCCAUGAAGGUUCUCAUGUUUGAUGACAGUGAUAUCUGGGAAAUUAUGAAAAUUCUGGCAGUGCUGCUACAUCUUGGCAAUGUGAAAUUUAACGCACUGGAGGUGGAUCAUCUGGAAGCCACAGAAAUAGUGGACAUUUCUUACAUUAACAAGGUGGCCAGGCAGUUUGAGGUAAACGCACAGUUCUUGGUUGAUGCCCUCACUUCAAAGACACUCAUAACAAGAGGGGAGAAAGUCAACUUCCCAAUGAACAAAGAACAGUCGCACGAUGUUCGAGAUGCAUUUGUGAAAGGAAUCUAUGGCCGCAUGUUUGUCUGGAUUGUUGAGAAAAUCAAUGCAGCCAUCUAUAGACCUAAAGGAAAUCAGUAUCGGAAGUCUAUUGGCGUCCUGGAUAUAUUUGGAUUUGAGAACUUUGAUCACAACAGCUUUGAACAGCUGUGCAUCAACUAUGCCAAUGAGAAUCUCCAGCAGUUCUUUGUGAGACACAUCUUCAAGCUGGAGCAGGCUGAGUACAACCUGGAGGGGAUCAACUGGCGUCAUAUUGAAUUCGUAGAUAACCAGGACUCCCUGGACCUGAUUGCAGCCAAGUCCAUGAACAUCCUGGCACUUAUCGAUGAGGAGAGCAUGUUUCCCAAGGGCACAGAUGCAAGUAUGUUGAACAAGCUACACCAGUUUCAUAGCGGUCAUCAGAACUAUGUGAAGCCAAAGUCAGCUGUCAGUCACAUGUUUGGACUCAACCACUUUGCAGGGGUGGUCUUCUAUGAUUGCAGAGGGUUUUUAGAGAAGAAUCGUGACACUUUCAGUGCUGACUUGAUUGCGCUGAUCCAAGCCUCUAAGAACAAGUUUCUCAAGCAGUUAUUCUUAAACGACAUCUCACUGGGCACCAGGAAAAAGUCGCCUACUUUAGCAAACCAGUUCAAGAAAUCUCUGGAGCAAUUAAUGGCUGCACUUGGCACUUGCCAGCCCUUUUUUGUCAGAUGCAUCAAACCAAAUGACUUCAAGAAACCACUGAUAUUCGACAGAGAACUCUGCUGCAAACAGCUUCGUUACUCGGGAAUGAUGGAGACUAUACGGAUCCGUCGUGCUGGAUAUCCCAUCAGGCAUGAGUUUGCCAAGUUUGUAGACAGGUAUCGGCUGCUGGUUGAUGGCAUUGCCCCCUCUCACAAGGAAGACUGCAGGGCUGCAUCCAGCAGAAUUUGUUCCCAUAUUCUCAAGAAUGCAGACUAUCAGCUUGGAAAAACUAAAGUGUUUCUUAAGGAUGCACAAGAUGUCCUUCUGGAGCAGCAAAGAGAGAUUACUCUCACUAGAAAAAUUUUAGUGAUCCAGAAGAUGGUGAGAUCAUGGUACUACAGAAGUAGGUUCCUGAAGAUGAGGAAGUUUGUUGUCAUUGUACAGUCUGCUCUGAGAGCUUACAGAGAGAGGCAGCAGUUCCUGGUGAGAAGGCAAGGGUACAUGCGACUACAAGCCAUGAUCCGAGGCAGAAUUAUAGCAGCCAGGUACAGCUUCAUUCGUGGAUGGGUUUUGAAAUUUCAGCCUCUGUGUCGUGGUUAUCUACUAAGACAAUGGCUACAGAAGAGGAUGGUCGCAGUGUUCCAGAUUCAAGCAGCUGUGAAAACUAUCAUUGCUCAGAAGCAGUUCUGGAGACUUAAACUCAAGGAUGAAAUGAUGCUAGAGGCAACAAAACUCAGACUAGAUGAAGAAGCUGAGCUCAUGAAAAACAUGCAUCCCAAAGAUGCAAAACAAAUCUCCCAACAGCAUUAUCAGGAGCGCAUGCGUGACCGCACAUUAAAGAUAAAGAGUAAAGAAGCACUACGACCACAUCUGACUAUGGAUGCAGAUGAAAACCUGGAAAAUGAUAUCAAACUGAUUGAUCAGCAUUUUAAAUUAGAUGACCUGCAAAUGCCACUGGAAACCUACCAGCCACCAGCUUCUGUUCAAGAGAAGACAUUUGCAAAGUUUGCUGCAGUAUACUUCCAAAACAAUGCCACACACAGACAUAUUCAUAGGAUUUUGAGACAUCCAUUGCUGAAGCUUGAAAGCAAAGGAGACCAACUGGCUGCUCUUGCUGUAUGGGUUGUCAUUCUGAGAUUUAUGUCUGAUUUACCAGAACCCAGGGCAUAUGCCAACAAAUCUGAUACUAAGUCCAACACUCCAGUCAUGACACAGAUCUACUCUACUCUGGGACGCAAGUUUGGCAAGAAAGAUUUGGAAGCAGCAAUCAAGAUGGGGGAACAAAUGGAAAAAGAAGCAUUUGAAGGUAAUGCGGCCUCUCGAAAAAAAUUGGUUUCCUUGACUUUAAAGAAAACUUCAAAAUUUGAUGAAAAUAUGGCCACUCAGCUGCAACAUGGUGGUGACCGUGAAAUCAAUGGAGGAGGGAAUGUCUUGUUAGAUGACCGGCCAAUGUCAAAUCUGGAAAAGCUGCACUUUAUUAUUGGACAUGGUAUUCUGAGACCUGAACUCAGAGAUGAGAUCUACUGCCAGAUCUGUAAACAGCUCACUGACAACUACUCUAAAAGUUCUUAUGCUAGAGGUUGGAUUUUGCUCUGCUUGUGUAUCCGAUGUUUCCCUCCCUCGGACAAGCUGUCACCUUACCUCUUCAACUUCAUUAAAGAAGGACCCACAGGAUAUGGCUCUUACUGCCUGAAACAUUUGGAACGAACUUUGCUCAAUGGACCAAGAAGCCAGCCACCAACUUGGCUUGAGCUGGAGGCAACCAAAGCCAAAAAGGACAUGUCACUGACUAUCAAUUUCAUGGACGGAAACUCCAGAACUCUUUCAGUAGACUCAGCUACCACUGCCAAGGAACUUUGCCAAAAACUAUCAAAUGAGAUUUCACUGAAAGACCAGUUUGGGUUUUCACUUUUUAUUGCUUUGUUCGACAAAGUCUCAUCCCUAGGAAGUGGAGAGGACCAUGUGAUGGACGCCAUCUCCCAAUGUGAGCAGUAUGCUAAAGAACAGGGAGCACAAGAACGCAAUGCCCCAUGGAAGCUGUUUUUUCGCAAAGAAAUCUUCACACCUUGGCACAACACAGCUGAUGAUGCCACAGCUACCAAUUUAAUUUACCAACAGGUAAGUUCUUGUGUGAAAGAGGAUGAUCUAGCCAUGAUUAUAUCCCAGCAUUAUUUUGUGGAUCAUGGUUUGAACCUAGAUCCCCAGCGUCUGUUGUCUGUGCUUCCAUCUUAUCUUCCAGACCCCUACCUGCACAAGCCUAAUGCACUACAAGGGUGGAUGAAGGCUGUCACUGGGAAGCUAACAAAUCCAUACUUUCAACAAGUUGAUUCCCUUCGGGUGAAAGAAGACAUUGUCAACUAUACCAAGUUCAAGUGGCCGAUGCUGUUCUCCAGGUUCUAUGAAGCACGGAGAUUAUCGGGAGCUUUCCUGCCAAAGAAUAAUAUUGUCAUUGCUGUGAACUGGACUGGCGUGUAUUUAGUUGAUGACCAAGAACAGGUGUUGCUGGAGUUAUCUUUUCCUGAAAUUAAGAGUGUGACAAGUAGUAGAUCCAGCAAGGUUCAUGGUCUCAGCUUAACUCUGACAACAGUCAAGGAAGAUGAGUAUAUAUUCACUUCUGCCAAUGCCAAAGAUAUUCAAGACUUGGUGACCACAUUCCUGGAAGGCUUGAAGAAGAGAUCAAAGUAUGUCAUUGCUGUCCAGGAUUACAAGCCACCAGAUAAAACAUCCUUUCUGGCGCUCAAGAAAGGUGACUUGAUUGUUAUUGAUUCCACCAGCAGUGGUGAGACUGUCUUGACCUCCGGAUGGUGCAGUGGGGAGAACACCAGCACCAAGAAGAAAGGGGAUUUUCCAACAGAAUGUGUCUAUGUGCUGCCAACUAUCAUCAAACCUUCAGAGGAGAUCCUGAAAAUGUUUCUUCAGCCAAGUACCGCCUCAAGGCAGAAAUCACAGACUGAAUCCACUCUUUAUCGUGACCCAAAUUUGGUACUGCACACUCUGGAGCAGUACUCAUAUGACCAUUUUAGGCCUCCACCAAAACAAACACACAGUGGCACUCUGAACCGCCCACUUCAAAGACAAAGUGAGCAGUUAUGGAGGCAUUCAAGAGAGCCCUUGAAACAACCACUGCUGAAGAAACUAAUUGGGAAUGACCAGCUAAGUGCUGAAGCCUGCAAAUGUUUUUUGAAUAUCUUUCUAUUAUUCAACCACCCAAGUCAAAAGAGUCGUGCAGUCACUGACUUAACUGACCAGAUUUUCACAGCUCCACUAAACGAG